AUGGCGUGUGUAUGGAGGUUAAACCUCACAUUAAUUGCUUCCAUUUUUAGCGUGUGUACCCUGGAGAAAAUAUCUGGACAAAUUAGUUACCCUAUUCCCGAGGAAAUGGAAGAAGGUUCGUUUGUAGGGAAUAUCGCUGAAGAUUUGGGAGUGAAUGUACGGCAAUUUGCAGCUCGUAAUGAUGGAGGACGUUAUAUGAAGGUCAGUGUGGAUGAUGGAGUUUUGUCCAUUCGCGAAAGAAUCGACCGGGAACGUCUUUGUGGACAAACAGAUAGGUGUACGAUGCCCUUUGAAAUAAUACUGGCAAAUCCGUUGGAGGUGAUUCACGGGGAGCUGGUGAUUAUUGAUGUGAAUGACAAUUCACCCACUUUCCGGGAGAGGAGUAUUCCGUUGCAGAUAUCCGAAGCUAUUCCUGCUGGAGUGAGCUUCCGUCUCGAGAGGGCGGUAGACCCCGAUAAUGGGAUAAAUAGUGUCGUCGACUACGCAAUCAGUUCGAGUGAGUACUUUAGUCUAAAAUCGCGGAGAACCGAGGGGGGUAUUGUAAUUGCCGAAUUGCUGUUAGAGAAAUCUUUAGACCGGGAACUGCAGUCAUCUUUUCAGCUUGUGCUUACGGCUAUGGACGGUGGGACCCCUCAGAGAUCCGGAACAGCUCACAUUUUCAUUAAUGUAGUGGAUAUCAAUGAUAAUCCACCAGUAUUCGAGCAUGAUGUUUACCGGUGUAGCAUAAAGGAAAAUACACCCCGAGGUACAUUAGUAAUAAAAGUUAAAGCAAAUGAUUUGGAUGAGGGGCUGAAUGCAGAGCUGACAUAUUUCUUCAGUGGACAUACUUCAGAAAUAAUCCAUGGAGUGUUCAGUUUGAUCCCAGAAACUGGAGAGAUUGUAAUUGAAGGGCCAACAGAUUUUGAAGAAACAAACAGCUAUUCACUUGAUAUCCAAGCUGUUGAUCACGGGUCUCCUGCGAUUACAGGACACUCCAGUGUGCAGAUUAAAGUUAUUGACGUGAAUGACAACGCACCCGAAAUAAAAGUGACGUCACUGACUAACCAAAUUCCGGAAAAUGCUCCUCCCGGAACUUUCAUAACACUGAUUAAUGUUAUCGAUCGUGAUUCUGGAGAAAACGGUCAAGUGCGCUGCGAGAUACAAAAGAACCUACCUUUUAUGCUGCAAGCAUCCUCAAAUCAUUAUGAGAUAGUUAUACAGAAAAGAUUGGACCGUGAAAUGGUGUCUGAGUAUGCAAUACCUGUUUUAGCUUGGGAUAUGGGUUCACCUUCACAGUCAACAAACACAACCAUCCAUAUUGCAGUUACCGAUGUAAACGAUAACGCCCCUCGUUUUUCUGAACUAUCCUACAACAUGUAUGUGGCUGAAAAUAAUGAUCCUGGAACACCCAUUUUCACAGUGUCUGCGUCCGAUCCUGAUCUCGGGCAGAAUUCAUCUGUUUAUUAUUCCAUUCUGGACGAUCACUUCCAAAAUCUACCAGUGUCCACAUACCUCACCGUUGACUCCAUGAAUGGCACCAUUUACGCCUUGCGCUCGUUUGACUAUGAGGAAUUCAGAACAUUUGAGAUCCACGUUCAAGCCCGUGACGCCGGAGCUCCCUCACUGAGCAGCAGCGCUACAGUGAAUGUGAUCAUUCUGGAUCAAAACGACAACGCUCCGGUAAUCAAUUCACCUUCAGCACAGAGUGGUUCAGCAGCCGCGGAGGUCGUUCCUCAGUCAGCGGGUCAGGGUUAUUUCGUCACCAAAAUUAUGGCUACAGAUGCAGAUUCCGGUCAGAACGCCAGGCUCUUUUACCAAAUGGUGAAAGCUACUGAUCCAAAUUUGUUUAUGAUUGAUCAAACGUCCGGGGAAAUCAGAACAACGCGCAAAAUAUUGGAGGCUGAUCUUACCACACAGACUUUGCUCAUCUUGGUGAAAGACAAUGGGCUGCCAAAGCUAUCCAGUACGGUUACGGUUCACAUCGCAAUUUUGCAGAACAGUACCGAAACUCUCCCCGAAAGCAGUAAUUCAGUGAACACUUCCGAAUAUUUAUCUGAUCUCAAUCUUUAUUUAUUGGCUAUUUUCAGUUGUACUUCCAUUGUCUUUCUUCUGAUUAUUAUUGUGUUGAUCGGGAUCAAGUGUAAACAGGAGAGAAAUAACCCCCAGGAGUGUAUUUCGCCCAGUUAUUGUUACAAACGUGGAGGUAUGCAGGACACGUGCAAUGAAAGAUCUGUAAUGGAAGAAACUUUACGCUAUCCCGGUACUGAUCAGUUAGUCCGUAUGCCAGGACUGCCUCAGUACUCCGUCUGUCUGUCUCCAGAAUCAGCGAAAAGCGACUUCCUUUUCUUGAAGCCAUGCGGCCCUCCCAGCUCUCAGACUCAAUCCUAAAUUACAAAUGGGUAAGGUCAACAUGCCCAAGCCUAAUGUGAUUUUUUUUUUGUUUAUAUCCUGCGUUCGUCAAGAGUGGAGUAUAGAACUUCAGAAAAUAUUCCUGUUGUGAAAUUCCGUUUGCAUCCUUUUGAAGAGGAAUAUAUUUGUUAUGGUUGUUAAAAUUAAAAUAUCCAGCACCUGAGGGUGGUAUCU